AUUGCCUCCAAAAGGUUUAAAAAAAAUAAAGAAUAAAAGAUUUCUGUUUUGUUGGAGGGUUGAAACAUCUGUAACUCUGUUUUGGCAAUCAACAUCAUUAUCCCUUUUUGCAGCUUUUACUUACAAAGGCCUCUCUCUCUCUCUCUCUCUCUCUCUCUCUCUCUCUUAACAGUUUCAGCUUCCACUUCUUUCUCACUUUCAAUCUUUGUUUUGUACCUUUCUCCCCCUUUUUUUUGCUUUUUUGGGGGUUUUGGCUAUGUAUGUUUUAUUUUGAAGUUUUAAAAACGGUGGAUAGACUUGAAAAGAUUGAAAGCUUUGGCUUUUUUAUCUCCGUUUGUGCUCUGUUUUCUCUUCUGGGUUAUUUCAAUUGCUUAUUUUACCAAUGACCAUGGAGGAGAGAAUGGGUGGUUACAAUGGUGAAGAUGGCGGCAAGGACCGGUUUCCAGUUGGUAUGCGUGUUUUAGCCGUUGAUGAUGACCCUAUUUGCCUCAAAGUUUUGGAAAAUCUGCUUCGUAAAUGCCAAUAUCAAGUUACCACGAUCAAUCAGGCAAUUACAGCCCUCAAAAUGUUGAGGGAAAACAAAAACAGAUAUGACUUGGUUAUUAGUGAUGUUAAUAUGCCAGAUAUGGAUGGCUUUAAGCUUCUUGAGCUUGUGGGGCUUGAAAUGGACCUACCCGUAAUCAUGUUGUCGGCUCACAGUGAUACCAAGCUUGUUAUGAAGGGUAUUACCCACGGUGCUUGUGACUACUUAUUGAAGCCUGUUCGCAUUGAGGAGCUAACAAACAUAUGGCAACACGUGGUCAGAAAAAAGAAACCCGACUCUAAAGAUCAAAUUAAUGCCCCAAAUCAACAUAAGGCUCAGGGACAAACUGGAGAAGCUGGUCAAACAUCAACGAGCAGUUCUGACCAAAAAGUCUAUAAGAAGCGAAAGGACCAAACCGAAGAUGAGGAAGAAGAGGGUGAAGAUAAUGGACAUGAGAGCGAGGACCCCUCAACCCAGAAGAAACCUCGAGUUGUUUGGUCUGUAGAGCUGCAUAGGAAGUUUGUUGCAGCUGUCAACCAAUUGGGGCUUGACAAGGCUGUUCCAAAGAAAAUUCUUGACCUUAUGAAUGUUGAAGGGCUCACAAGGGAAAAUGUAGCAAGCCAUCUACAGAAAUAUAGGCUUUACCUGAAAAGACUUAGCAGUGUUGCAUUCCAGCAAGCAAACAUGGUUGCUGCAUUAGGCAGUAAAGAUCCCUCUUGCUUGCGCAUGGAUUCACUGGAUGGUUUUGGAGAUUUUCGCACAUUGACUGGACCUGGAAGGCUUUCAAGUGCUUCUCUAUCUUCAUAUCAACCCAGCAAAAUGUUUGGUAGACUGAAUUGCUCAGCUACAUUAAGCCUACGUGGGAUUUCUUCUAGUGUGAUUCAACAGGGACAUUCUCAAACUUUGAACAAUUCCGACAACGGUCUUGAGAAGAUCCAGCCAGCAGUGUUACCUGCAAACCAGAAUCAAAAUGGAACUUUGUUUCAAGGGAUCUCAACACCAAUAGAGCUUAACCAACUGUCACAGAACAAGUCCACUAACCACUUUGCAGAAUUUAAUUGUGUUAAUGAUCCAAAUGUUUUUGGUAGCUUGAGCAAUUCUCUAUCUACUGCCUCAGGCAACCCCUUGUUGUUACAAGCAAGCAUACAACAGAUGCAACGUAGUGGUGCAUUAGGAAAUCAGUCAUCUCUUGGGGUGACAUCACUGAUUCAGGAAUCAUUUGACAUGGGCGUUGAUGGUUCUUCUAAUUUUCUUGAUCAUGGUAGAUGCAGUGAAAACUGGCAGGGCACAGUUCAAUUAUCCAAUUUCCCGUCAAGUUCAUUGUCAAAAAGUGAAGCUUUUAGUCAUGAGCAAUUGCCAACUAAUAAUUUGCAAGAAAGCAUCUCUUGGAUGAGCUCUCACUUUAGUAACAACCCUAUUGAUCUUUCUUCCAUGGCAAAUUCAGCACGUUUGGAGGACUGUAGAGGAAACAUGCAGGGCCAAGUGGGUCUAAGUGAUAAUGACAUUCAGAAUAUGGAUUACACAGCAAAGCAACAGUGGGGAGACCGCAGACACGAUUACAAUGGAAAUUUAAAUCAUUCAUUAAGCCAGGUGUACCCUCUGGAUUCUGCAAGUGGGCCUAUGGUGGACCAAAGCAAUGCCAUCAGCACUAAUACAACUGAUGUUUCUUUGUUCAGCCAAUUAAGUGGUGAGGCUACUUAUGUUGUUCAGCACCUUGAGGAUGAGAAAUCAUUUUUUGACACAAAAUUGAGGUCCAAUGAGGACUUCCUCUUCGAGCAGACAAAGCCACAGAAUGGUUUCAGUGAAAAUAAUUUUGAAUCCUUGGAGGAUGUAAUGAGUUCCAUGAUCAAACCGGUGCAAAGUAAGGAUACUACAUUGAUGGAUGGGGAAUUUGGAUUUGAUGCAUACCCCAUCGGGUCAUGUAUAUGAGACGGUUGAUGCUGAUUCUCAGAUAAAAGACGGUGACAAAGGCAUAAAUCUACUCCUCUUUAUGGGGGUCUGUAUCAAUAUGCAAUUUAUUUAUUCUCUAAUGCUACUUUUGAUUUCUAGUUGAAAUUGAUGACAGCAUCCUCCUCCUUUUUGGAAUUCUUUUUUCAUGUCCUUUUACCCAUUUGAUGGAAUAUAGCUUGAGAAAUUUACAGUUUCUCAGUUUUCUUAGUUUUAGUUUCGUUUGUAUCUUAUUUCUCUAAAUUUCAUUUGAAGGUAUAAGCAUUUAUCCUGCUGUGACCAAGAACUUCAAAUUUCAGUAUUUCACCAGCAAAAAUAUAUAUUUUAUCUUAAUUUUUUAGAUGUAAGCCCUUCGGUUUGCAUAAUAGUACUUGGAAUAUUGAAGGCUACAUUUGGUUGUUAUUUCUUGUAUUUAUUAUCAUUCAGAAUACCAUAGGGGUGUGGUUGAUGGUUUUCUUAUUUGGAUUGGUGUCAUUUUUCCUUAAUAAUUUGA